UUUAGAUUUGCAUACUUCUUUCUUUCUUUUUUUCUUUAUUUUGUGAGCACGACUCCCUUGUAAAGGACUGGAUACUUCACGAGUCCACUUCCCUGCUGAAGUAGGUUUAAUGUACGUGACAAAGUGUUCUAGCCAGCAUGAGAAUGUCCGGUGGGCAAAAUUGCGUAAAGGACAGAAAAUCCCUCAGCGUUGAUUUGUAUCAAUUCAGCGCUACUCUUAUAAUGACUGGCACCGAGUCAGACAUUAUGGCAAAUUAAAUGACAGCGGUCGGCUUUCCUGCCCACCGCUGGUAUCUGUCACUCACCCGGCAGAUGCAGCCAAUCUGGAGGCACUUCAAUAGAAAGGAACACCCAAUAUGAGCAAUGGAAUUGAUUCGCACUUGGAAUUCAGAAUUGUUGAGAUCGGCAGCCGGUCGAGAACAUUGUAGUCUCUUAAAACAACUACCGUUAGUUAGGUCUUGAAACAGCUUUCCGUGUUCAUGUUAAAGUAUAUGUAUUUAUAUUUGAUAGUGCCUCUGCGAGUUAUAUCACAACAGCAAGAAAGUUGCAUCUUAUGCACUGGUCUUGAGCUUGGAGAGAAUCAGACCCUCACAAAUCGAUAGCUGUUCGUGGAGAGAUGGUAAAGUCAGAAACCAAACGAGUUACCAUGAGUGUAACCGAGGACAUGUAAUUAACUGAUACCUGGUUGGGUUGUGACGCUAGCACUUGAAUGAUGUAAGUAUGGGAGAGAGGAGGCGGACCACAGGAUCUGUGUCUUACCGAAAAGGCAACCGAUAUUCAGUGUUAUUCUGACAGGCAUAGCGCCAUCAGUCGGCAUCGAAUGCACAGUAUUUGGACAAGUGUCCUUUUGCUAGUUAUGGAUAUGAAGAAAUAGUUUCCUUCUGCCAUCAAAACUAAAUCUUAACUGCUUGACUUCCAUUCAGAGAGGAUGAAGAGCUUGCUUAGUCAAGAGUUCUCAACAGGAGCACCCGGAAUCCUCCACCGAGGACAGUGACGCCCAGAUGAAGAGGUGAAAAGAGAAGAAAUGAAUUGUCUCUCCACAUCAGACUAUCCCGCGCAGAGCAUUUCAAGUCCAGCAGUUACCGACCCCUGCGCAAUCUUCUACCAAACCGUGAUGGCUAUCACUGGCAUUCUAUUUUAAUUGAAUUAAUGGCUCCAUCAGUGCAAUCGACUGUGUCCUGUCCGAAAUGCUGUUAUGGGGAUGAGGGUAGUCGUGAGACCCACGGAUGUCAGAAUUGCGGCAGCCUUAUAGGAUAGGGCUCCUGCCCGGGUAAGACGAAAAGCAAAAGGGCGUCUUCGAGAGAGAGAGAGAGAGAGAGAAAAAAAGAAAGAUAAAAGAGAAAAAAAAAAGAAAGAGAGGAAGGCAAUCAAGACAAGUAUUAAAUGAAACAAGCCAUGGGUAUUCAGCACUUUCUGCUUCUGUUAAUUUAUUUGGACCCACUGAACGUGUUCUGUGCGGUCCCCAAAAGGACAAAGGUUGCGCCAAAGAAGAAACCUAAGGAAGUGAACAGUACAGUGGCACCCACCGAAACAACGCAGCGGAUUGUCCAGGUGACAGUAGCGAACAAUUAUGACACCUGCCGGGAUUACUACGACGUGAGCGGUGCUUAUGAUAAGGAGUUUGCGUGUAAUCACACCGACCACCACUACUGCUGUGGGACAUGCUUCUUGCGAUUUUGUUGUCAGUUUAAAAAUAGACGAUUAGAUCAAAAAGCCUGCACGAAUUACCAAAAACCAAUAUGGGACGUAACGUCACCACCGGCUCCCUCGCCAACAGAAGACACCUACGAUCCAAGUAUGGACCAAACGAAUACAGCGGUCUAUAUCACCUGUGGUGUUAUAGCUUUCAUCAUAGUUCUUGGAGUUUCAGUAAAAGUUGCUUAUGACAAAGCAAAUCAACCACCUCAGGAGAUGAAUAUUCAUAGAGCCCUCGCAGACAUCUUAAGGCAACAAGGACCCAUUCCCAUAUCGCAGUACGACUGCGAGAACUUUGCAGCCAUGAACACCUCCCCCAAAGACAACACGCCGGCCAGGACGGGAUCCAAGAACCAUUACACGCCAGUGCACGCGUCAAAAUCCAACCACAGUGGACACUACGUCAAGGAGAGCAGCCGCAGUGGGGGUCACGACCUUCACAACUUCAUCUCUUCAGGCUUCGUGACCUUGGGCCGAGGCCAUGUGAAAGGGGAAAAACACUGGCCGGUGCGGUCGCAGAGCCACCAUGGCGCCCACCAGCACAACUACAACCACGUGGGUCUUAGUAGCCCAACACGAACACCUAAAAAUGCUCACCGGUCCCUAAGGCAUGAGAAUUCGCGGAUGAACAAUAUCCUCACCUCGCAGACGGAGCCCUACGACCUGUCCUACUCGCGCUCUUUCCAGAGUCUCUCCCACCUGCCUCCUUCCUACGAGGCCGCCAUCAAAGCAGACCUCAGCAGGUUCUCCUCUCUCAAGAAGCUAUCCGACAAGGACGUUGACGAGUACUACAGCCGCAAACGGCACCUCCCGGACCUGGCCAUCCGCAACACGCUGCCCCUUCACGUGAUCCGGAACCAGGAGUCCCAGGGUAGCCAGCCGGCUCUGUCCCAACAGCAGCACCAGCAGCACCAGCAGGCGGCCAUCCAGCAACAGCAGCAGCAGCAACAGCAGCAGCAGCAGGGAGCUCCGUCCCAGCGGCAGCGUCCGCGACGGGUUCAACGGGCCAUGUCCCAGGACCGUGUGCUGUCGCCAGAGCGGGCCCAUGGGCAAGACUACGCUGGCGCCGCAAUGGCGUCCACCACGUCUUCGCACGCCAUGUCGCCGUACGCCAUGUCGCCGUACGGCGGGCGCAUCCUGAGCGACGAGCAGCUGCUGUCGGCCGAGCGUCUGCGCUCGCACGAGCGGCUGCUCUCGCAGGAGCGGCUCUACUCGCACGAGCGCCACUACUCGCACGAGCGGCUGCACUCGCGCGACCACCUCUACUCGCAGGACCGGCUGCACUCGCAGGACCCGCUGCUCUCGCCCGACAAGAUGAUGUCCAUCAAGCGCUCGUCGGCGCCGGGAUUCCGCUCCGACAAGUCCAUGUCGCGCGCCAUCUCAAACACGGACAUCUUCAUGCCCAACACGCCACUCAUGGACCGCUACAAGAUGACGAAGAUGCACUCGCAUCCCAGUGCCUCCCAACAACAGCAGCAGCAGCAGCAGCAGCAGCAGCAGCAGCAGCAACACAAUACCCUCACCAUGAACCAGACGUCCUCGAAGCGGCAGGCCUUCGCUUCGCGCCGCACACAGACCAUGGAGCAGAUCCAGUACAUACCCACCCAGCACCACCACCAGUACCGCACGGGUAGCAAGACCGAGGUAACUGUUUAAGUUUAAGACAGAGGACAGAGAUAGAGAGAGACAGAAAGAGAGAGAGAUAGAGAGAUGCCGGCAUCCCUGACUCAGACACGAUCAGAAGGAAAACAACAGGAGCAAAAACGACAGCGAAACCCAGGUAGAUGUAAAUCCAGCAAAGCUCUGAUGCAGCUUCAGGAGAAGGUUUUGGAGAAGGGUAUGACUAAUGGGUGCAAUAUGGGUCAGUAACCUCACUUACACUUCACUUUGUUUCUCAGCCCUAGCCUAUUAUUAUUGCUCCAUUGGUACUGGAGCCCUUAACCUGUGCGCGCACACCCAUAUCUUUAUGUGUUUGACAAGGAACAAAUGAACAGAGAAGGACCGUACGAAUCUUGAAUCUUGUUAUUAUCUGGAAAACAACAAAAACUCAACACGUUCUUUUUAACCACCUAACUUUUAAGGGCUUCGCCUGGCUGUACACACGGACUGGCCUUUCAGAAGGAUGAAGAGAGAAGGAACAGAGGGUGGUGGUAGGGAGCGUCACGGGACUCAGCCCCUCAGGCUUCAUGGCUGUGAACACAGAAUCAACACUGUAAUAACUUUAUAAAUAUAUAAAUAUAGCUCUACUGUUUGUACCUUCAGUCAUCCUCAUAUAGCUUUAGAGAUUCAUUAAUGGAACAGAUGUGUGCACUUCUGUUCGUGCCUCCGAGAAAUGUUCCCUUUUUCAACAAUGAAGUGGUUUUUGUGGGUUAAAAAGCACAAUCAAUUUUGAGGACAAAACUAAAAAAAUAAUUGUUUCUUUCCGAUGUUUUUGUUCGUUCGUUUUGAUCAGUGAUGGCUAGCACGCAUCCGUUUUUGUUUCCACAAUCAUUUGCCCAUUUCUUUGCAUAGAUGAUUGUAUAUAUGCUAUUUUAGCAGCAGUGUAUGGACAAGUCUGUUCUGGUUGGCUUUUUGUACUACCAUAGUCUGUUUCUAGAGAUGCUGACAAAGUAAUAAUAAUGACAACCACAGUUUUGUGAAGGGCAGUUAGGCAAAACCCACUAACCAUAUAUUCGACCAUUUAAAUAAAUACUGAAUUGUGGAUGAGUGUGUCUUUCCAAAAAUGUGUUUGUAGAAUGAGGAUCGAAUGAAUGUUGUUGAUUUAAAAAAAAAAAAAUAAUAUAUAUAUAGAAACAUAUAAAUAGAUAGAUAUUCCACUACUGUUGAUCUGGCUGUAGACUGUGUUUUCAGUGAUUCACAAGACAACUGGAUAUAUUAAUGCUUGUUGUAGUAGCUGCAAAAUAAAACGUCCUUAUUUUUCUAAACAUUA